CGGGUUAAAACCCGGACCAUCUUAUUUGGAUCCUCAUUAUCUGAUUCAUCUUUACAAAAAAACGCGGUUCAUAUCAAAAUUUUCUCCCAAUUUCCUGCAAUUCCAUUCACUCUCAUUAUUGUGGGAGUCUCCAAAUUUGUUUUAGUUUUGUGUUUGAUAUUCAAUUUCGAUAUUUUUUUUCCAUUCAAUUUGUUCUUUUCUCUUUCGAUUGACCUCUCUCUCCGAAAAUCUGUUAAUUCCUAAAAUUCUAGGUUUUCCUGUUAAUCCUGAGAUCCAUUAGAUAUAUUCAUCGAUUUUAUUUUUAGUUUUAUAAUUUAUUAUUUAGAUAUUUUCUUUCUUGUUUCCUCUUUGUAAAUUGAUUUGAAACCCUAAUAUUUUUCUGGAGAUCUUUGGACACCUAGGGUUUGCAUAUUUGUGGUGAUUGCUCAAUCUCAAGGCUCAUCGGAUCUGUGAAUUGAUUUAGGAUUUUGGUACGUCUAUUUCCAAGCUUCCAAGAUUACUUGUGUAUCUUCUUUCUUUGAUAUGAAUUAAAAUAUCUAUUAUAUUUAUCCUUAUAGUACAUAUAAUGGGAAUGAAACGUCCUUUGGAAGAGGGAGAUUUUCUUGAUUUCAGGCAACCUAAACAACGGGAAUACCAUGGGAAGUUAACCUUAAAUGCAAAAGAAUAUCUCAUAACGACUCUUGCAGUUCAAUCUCCUGGUGAACCAAAGAACAGUUUUCAGUUACAUUUUGAGCAGCUUGAAGAUGGUGAGGCUGAUAAUGCUUCUGUACCUGACGAAGAAGGGGAAGCAAAUGCACCCAUGUCUUUGGUCACUAGCAGAACUGAGGAUUAUUCUGUUAUUGGGGCAACCUCUGACUGGUCUUGUUUUCCUGAAUAUAUUGAUAUUAAUAUUCCAAGCCCUCUCAUGAAUCAAAUUGAAGAGCCCUACAUGGAUUUGUUUAACUCUCCUCCUAGGAAAGAAGUUCCACUUGGAUCAGAUCAUCAAGUCGAAGUCCCACUGUGGGAUCCAAAUACCAUUUACUUUUGUGAUGAUUUUAGGGAGGAAAGACUAACCGGGACCUGCAUCAUUGCAAUGCCUAACUUAAACAAUUCAACAAUGGAAGGAGUUGGAGUUGGGCGUGGCAGAACAGAUUGUUGUUGCCUGGAUAUGGGAUCCAUGAGAUGUGUGCAACAACAUGUGAAUGAAGCAAGAGAAAAACUACAAGAGACUAUUGGGUAUGAGAAUUUUUUGGACUUGGGUUUCUGUAAUAUGGGUCAUGAGGUUGCAUAUCAAUGGACCCCUCAUGAGGAAGAAGUCUUUCAUGACAUUGUUUACUCUAAUCCUGAAUCACAUGGUAGAAAAUUUUGGAAGCACUUAAAUUUUGCGUUCCCGACCCGAACCAAAAACGAACUUGUCAGCUACUAUUUUAAUGUCUUCAUGCUCCGGAGACGGGCUGUUCAAAAUAGAUCUUAUUUGUUGGAGAUAGACAGUGAUGAUGAUGAGGAGCUGAGAGGUGUUCAUGGAGGCUCCCAUCAGGAGAGAUUUUAUUCGUCUGAUCAAGAAACUGAUAUUGAAGAUCAUCAAGGUCACAAGGGGCAGUUCUAUCUUGUCGAAGGAGAAGAAGAGGAAUCCACCGUCUAUUCCUUCGGCGACCAAGAUUUAGAUACAAGUUGGGUGGACAGCUUCUGGUCCGAGCCUCAAAAUAGCAGCGAAGGACAUGAGGUGAGCAAUAUAAAGGACGAUGUAUCUGAUGGUCAAGUUGAGAAGCUAGAUGUUGUCGAGAUGAAAUCCCUGAGAAGAUGAUGAGAUGUUGCCUGAUGCCCCAGGUUGUAUACUCAAUUUUUUUCUGGCCUUGAAAUUUGUUGUACAAAAACAUAGAUAUCGAUAGGGGCGGAGGAUAGUAAAGGCUAAAGUAUUGUUUGGCCUCGACGCCCAAUAUAAUUAAUUGAACCUAUUUAUUUACAUAGAAAAAUCUCUCGCUGUAAUUUUAAUAACGAUUAUUUAUCUGAUUACAAUUAAGUAAUCAGUAUUUAAUUUGGCUACAUGAAUGUUAGAUUAGUUUGGAAUAUACAAUCUUCUUGUUUA